GUGUUUGCACAUGGGAGAGAUGGUUAAAUUAUUUAAGCUUCCUUUUUUUCUAAUCACACAAGAGAGAUGAUUAUUAGACCUUUUUAAUUGAAAUUUAAGUGCAUCUACUUUGACUUGUGUGUAUCUCUCUCAAUAGGAUAUAAUGUAUACUAGUACAUACAUCAUCACAUUGUUCCAAAGAUCAAGUCUUAUAAACAAACACCACAUAUUUUCUUAGAAAGAGAGAGAGAGAAAGAGAUGGGAAGAGCUCCAUGUUGUGACAAGGCAAGUGUGAAGAAAGGGCCAUGGUCACCUGAAGAAGAUGCAAAGCUAAAGGCUUACAUAGAGAAGCAUGGCACUACUGUUGGCAAUUGGAUUGCUCUCCCUCAAAGAGCUGGUCUGAAAAGAUGUGGGAAAAGCUGCAGAUUAAGAUGGCUCAACUACCUCAGACCAAACAUCAAACAUGGAGAGUUUUCUGAUGAUGAAGAUAGAAUCAUCUGCAGCCUCUACACCCGCAUAGGAAGCAGGUGGUCAAUAAUAGCAGGCCAAUUACCGGGCAGAACAGACAACGACAUCAAGAACUACUGGAACACGAAGCUGAAGAAGAAACUACUAGGAGGAAACAUUAGGCCAACACCAAUCUCUCCUUUCCUUCCAAAUCUCACCUCCCAAAUCUCAUCACCAUAUGAUCAAUUGCGAUACACCGCUGGAGACAAGGUCCCGUUGCACCGGAGUUACAACAAUCAAGUCAUCUUCGGAGGCAACGAAGCCAGCUGCAGCUCCUCAGACACUGGCAACCAAUUAGGGUUUCAUCAUCAGAGCUAUUUAAGCGUCGAUGAUGAAACUCAAAAAUUCUAUGAUCCCAGCAAGGGAGAUCAUGUAAGUGGGAACUGUUUUGGCCAUGAAAAUCCACUGGAUUACAGCAUGGAAGAUAUUAAGCAGCUGAUUAGCACUAAUCACAUUUCCACUAAUCUCAACUUCUUUGUGGAUGAGAUCAAGACAGAACAAGCAACAACAUUGUACUACUGACUGAUGUCCUUUUUUUUUAUCUGUGAGAAAAACUUUGCUUUGAUAGUACAUAAUGGAAAAUGUUUUUACUCUCUGCAUUUGACAGAAGCCAUUUGCCAUUGGAAUCAAGAUUCAUUAACAUAUGAGUACCAGUUUUUUAAUGAAAUUCGAGCUUAAUUUGUUUGAUUA